AUGCCGCAGUGUUGUGCUCUGCUUUUAUCGGUGCAACAAUCGCAAGAUGUGGCAGGCAAAAUGACUCAACAAGGUUGCCAAAGGAGCUGUCAUUUGGUAUGCCAGUGUCAAUUUCAUCUGCAUGUGGGGAGCUUGGAUAAUACUUGUCGUCUUCCUCGCUGGUGCUUCAAAGAAGACAGAGAAUGGUUGGAGCCUGUGUCAGGCACUUGCCAUAACCCCUUGGAUACUGGUCCUGGUGGAGUUCGUACCCAUCUUAUGUCGUAG